GUGAACACUGAACAGUGCAAGAUGUCGGCAGAGAGUUCUGUUAUCGUCUCAAUUUUAACUCGGUUUUGGUUGGAUAUUAAUGGUUUAUUAGCAAUUAUUUCUUUUCAAACAAUUAUAAUUUAUGUUCACAGUGAUAUUGAAAUCAUUGUGUGAAAGUUUCAUCGAAUCAUUUCCAGUGGUUUGUGCUUCGUAGACCUAUGGCGUUGUUUUGCUACAUGCUUUUCACCGAAAAUGAUGAUAUUAUAAUAUGCAAAAGAUGUGCUUCAAAGUUUGACACCCUAGAUCAGCUAGAAGAACGAGGGAAGUCAAUUCGAUCUGAUCUCUUGACCGACCUUGAGAUAAAUUAUGAACUCGAACAGGGCGAACUCAGCAGGGGAUUCACGCCGCUAAUCAGGAGUAAAACACGUCCCGCUUAUACGGUUACUUCUCACGACUCACACGAUGGUGAUGAGAUGACGUCAUGCAAGUUGAUGGAAGUGAACCGGGCAGUGAUAGAAGAAUAUUUGCAAAGCAGUUGGGAAGUGAACACAAAAUAGACAUCGCAGCCACAAAACAACAUAAGUAACUUAUCAUCUGCUUUUACUCCGUCAUCUUCUUCUUCUGCUGCUACUGCUACUGCUGAUUCUUCUGUGCUGAGAAAUCAACACUUGGACCCUUGUAGCCGAUUGCUUGAUAACUUGCAUGUUUAUUUUCUAAUAUUAAAGUGUCAAAUACGCCUACUGCCCAUGAAAACGAAAGUUAAAAAAAAUACCAAAUUAUUACAGUUUAAUAUAGAAAAUGAAAAAUUAUUGAACUAAACUUUUCAUUCCAAAUAGAUUUUAUAUUUUUCUUAAAGUUGUGAAUUUGUAAAAUAUAGUAAUAACCUGUGUAAUUAGUUGUAAACAAAUUUUAAAUGCUAUAAAUAUUCAUUUGUACUCAAUUUUUGUAACGAUUUGCCAACUUUAUCAAUGCUAUUCCGAAUUUAUUAGGCUUAGUUAGAUCGAUGUAUAUUUAUUAUUUAUUUAUUGCUACUGUGACAAUUUCGCAUCAUACUUGAGACUCUAAUCGUUUACAACCUCUAUUUAUUUCUCGAUCUCAAAAAUAAUAAUUCAGAAGUUGACUGCUAUUUCUUUGCUUUGGAUAAGAAUGUAACUUACUUGCAUUGGAAUUUUAUUUUCAAUAAAUCUUAUUUUUCCAGAA